UCUGGAUCUGGACAUCCCUGCGGGCUGAGCCGUGUCAGCUGCUGCUCUGAGAGACGGGCAGUCUGAUCAGACGGCCCUCCCCACUGCUCCACUACAGCCGAGCCCCCUGCCCUGCGGGGAGAAGAGGGGGAUCUAUAAGCAUUUGCUAUGUGGCAGUUGCUAUUUUGUCCUCUCUCCACUGCAAUGGCUGGGAACUCAGAUCGAACAGAACAACAACAAUACCACGUUUCCACCGUGUCCCAGUGGACCCAGCACCUUGCCCGUGUGCGAGAGCUCUGGAGCACCAAUGGUUUCAUCACCCUUUAAAAGAAGUUCUGGAUGGGUAAGGCAUUCACUCCCUACCCACUCCCUGGCAACCACUAAUCUGCUCUGUCUCAAUGGAUUUGCCUAUUCUGAAUAUUUCCUAUCAGUAGGUGGAACUUGUACCCUUCUGUGUUUUGUUUCUUUCUCUUAGUCCACUGUUUCCGAGGGUUGCCACAUCACCAGGGGUUCGCACUUGACACCUCUUGAAGGCUGGGUAGGAUUCCCUUGUGCGGCCCCUCCACGGUUUACCCAUUCUUCAGUUGACAUCUACCCGGGUUGUUUUAGCUUUGGGAGCUGCUGUAAAUCAUGCUGUAGUGAACAUUCAUAAGCAAAUUGUUUCCUUUUUCUCUUCUUAAACUGUUUUCAGUUCUUGUUUUUUUGCUGUUGUUAGUUUCUUGUUUUGAUGUAACCCUAAGAGUAAAAUUGCUAGCUCAGAGGAUCAUAUUAUGUUUGACUUACAGUGAAAUCUGGGUACAUUUUUAAACAAUGUUAGAGGAGAGGGGUUUUUUGGGAGUAGGGGGCUUAGGAUGUGUGUGUAUUCUUUUAGGUGUGUGUGUGUGUGUGUGUGUGUGUGUGUGUGUGUGUGUAGGACAGAGGUCAACAGGGAAAUGAGUCCCAUAAGUCCUCUCCUCCUUUAAAAAUGACAUCGUGAUGAUGAUGACGACGACGACAAUGACGACGAUGAGUGCCGGCAUGUGUGGUGGUGCACGGGUACCCAUGGAGGCAAGAAGAGGCAUUUGUGUGCUACUGCAUAUGGGCCCCAGGAUCUGAACUCUGGUGCUCAGGACUGAGCGGCAAGGGCCCUUAACUACCAAGCCAUCCUUCCUCUCUCUCAAGUGGAAUAGCACUGGGGACAGUUAGGAGGGGGAUCUGACUCCAGAGCAGCUUCUGGUAAGGCAAGAGAGUUGCUCUGGUUACCGUGGUUAUCAUGGGCUUCAGGAAGACAGAUUUCAAGAAUGGGGAACAUGACACAGGGAACAUGUCGCCUCUUCCUGGCGACAAAGAUACUUUUGGAUGUGGUUCUGCUGACCUCAGAAAUGACUAUAAAAGGCAAAGCUCUUGGUGCUUUAUUUAGGGGAUUUCUAGAAACCAAAUAAAAACAAGAGUUCCAAAAAUGAAAUGCAGAAGUUCUACCAGGCCUGUGACACCGGAGGGUUUGAAGCAAAACGUGGGCAUGCUCUGUCUCUUCCCCAGCUCCGGGUCUGUGAAGACCUCUUCUGACCCUCAGACAUGACUGUGCACGAGUCAGCCCAGGUUCCUUCGGGCUUUCCGUGCCACGUUCAGAAUGGAAAUUGUCUUACGUCUCAGCACGAUCGAGUUCUAACUGGCCACAGCCCUUUCAUUUGCAGAUACCAUCUAAAACCAUGGACUUCUCAUCAGCUCCAUGACUUUCUUCCCUUGGUCCACUUGAACUCCUAUCUCUGAGGGGCACAGAAACCAACCAGUGAUGGCAGAGAGGAGUGACAGGAGCCAGGAGGUUGACUAGGAAGGGACGCUGAGGAGUGUGGGCGACAUUGGAAUGCUCUGUGUUAUGGGAGUGGUAUGGGUUACAUAGGCAAAUACAGUUGCCAAGAUAUAGGUCAAUCACAACUCAGGCCUAGUUAAAUACCAAGACUAACAGAGCCUCUAGCAUUCUCAGUGCUUGGUUUGCCUAGCUGUAGGGUGGAAAGGGUGAUCCCAUCCUCUCUAAGUCAGCGCUGGUCAAUUGAAGAUGAGGUCGUGCACAUUCCCCGAGGUGUCACUAUGGUACCAACCCUAGUGCGUGCCUUGUGUGUGGCAGCUGUCUUUACAGUUUAUAUGCAAAGGCAGUCUUCACUGUCUAAGCCCUUGUUCCUCCUGCUUUGGUUUUGCAGGGUCUCCCCUCCCUCCGUGUGUUAUUCCACCUGACUGCAGGUCUGUAUCUAUUCUUCCAUUGACAGUAGGAAGAUCCAGCCUCAAGUCUCUCCCUCUCUGUAAUGGCUUUGUUCCCAACUAUCCCCAAUUCCCCAAAUGCUCACACUUCCAAGAGGGUCUUUGUUAAGCUGCCCUAAGACUUUUUUCCAUUCAGUCUCACUGACAUUAACAUGGCUUCAUCAUCAUCAUCAUCAUCAUCAUCAUCAUCAUCAUCAUCAUCACUAUCAUCAUCAUCAUCACCACCACCACCACCACCACCACCACCACCAUCACCUAAAAAUAAACCCUGUACUUGUUGUCAGCUUGAGUGGGGCCUUUGAAUGUGUACCCAGUUGAUCAUAUCAGGCCCUACCAGGUAGGUCCGAGAAGCUUCACAAACAUUUGCCCUUUAAGGGGAGGCAGGCAGGGUCUCACGGAGUAGCUUAUCUGACCUAGAUUUGAGAUCACCCUGCCGAGAGCUCCUGAUUUCUGUGCGCCACCAUACCUGACUUGUCUGUCCUUUGUAAAGUCUGUAUACUUUUAAACUGAAGUUGCAUAUAAAUGCAACAAUGUGCACACAUUUAUUUAUUUGGUUUUUCAAGACAGGGUUUCUUGGUGUAGCCUUGGUUGUCUUGGAACUUGCUCUGUAGACCACCAGGCUGGUCUCAAACUCACAGAGAUCAGCCUGCCUCAGUCUCUGGAGGGGUGAAAGGCUUGUACCAGCACUGCUCAGCAAUAAUGCACAAAUUGUAAACACACAAUUUGAUCAUCCGUUUGUUUGUAGUGCUGCGUAUGUAACGCAGAGCCUUGUGGGUGUCAGGUAAAUGCUCUCCUAUUGAGCUACACCUCUAGCCCUAAUUUGAUUAGUUAUGACAAACUUAGAUGCCAGAGUAAGCCAUAUUCUAAUCAAAACAAAGGGUAGAUCCUCCUCUAGAUAUGCCCCUGGUGCCUUGGAGUAUGCUGACAUAACUAACACAGAUUCCUAGGAAAAGGUUACUGGUGAUCUCUGUAACCGUUUAAAUGAACUAAUAUUUAUAGCAAUCAAGGCAUGGGAGGCUUAACCGGAGGUAAGCACCUGCUGGCUCCCCGAAGCAACUUGUUCUUUGAACUACAUACAAAAUAUCUAUCUCCAAGCCUGAUGCUACAACUAAACUGCUAGGGCUUUAGAAAUCUUUUAUGGGGGGUGGGGUGGGGAUUUAGCUCAGCAGGCAAGCGCCUAGCAAGGGCAGGGCCCUAGGUUCGGUCCCCAGCUCCGGGGGAAAAAAGAGAGAGAGAAAGAGAGAGAGAGAGAGAGAGAGAGAGAGAGAGAGAGAGAGAGAGAGAUCGAUCUUUUAUCGAUGCCACUCUAAGGAGUUAGGCUACCUUUAUCUUGAGAUCCUCUAAAUCCAAGCCUUCUUGUUCUGCCCGCUAUUUCUCUGUUGUUCCUGCAAGCCCACGAGAGAUUCCCCAUCUCUUCCCUGGAGCUCCAUCCAUGAAGGCUGUUCAAAGCCUACAGCUGGGGAGAGUGCAGGAGUGCAAGAGAGGACUGGGAGGUAGAGGGAGAGAGAGGUGAGGCGGGGUGGGGGUGGGGAGAAAGCUCUCUAUUAAAGGUUCCAUUGCUUAGAAAAGAAGUUCUAACCCCUCCCCUCCCCUUGGCAGGCUGAACCACAUCUCCAUCCUGUGGGGGAAUAACUCCAAACCAAGUGGUGGGGUAGCACAAAGUCACCCUGCUGACUUUGCCUGUGUUAUAGAGCAAAGACCAUGAGACUUCUCCCAAGCGACUUACCUUAAACCAGGCAAGGACAUUCCAUUCUUCAGCAUCUUCCCUAUGGAGGCUUUUGGAGGCACCCCCAAAAAUGCAUCCCUUCAGGACACGCCUAACUGCAUCCGACAGACACAUCUACUGGGGCUUUUAGAUUUUGCUAACAACUAGCUUUUCUAUGUACAAUAAUCCAAUGUCCUGGAACAGAUCUCCAGUGUUUGUUGACCUCCCUGGUACUCAUACUCUGACAUAGUCAGUCACCAGCUAUCAGUGUACUGAGUCAGAGUUGGGCAGAGUGACUUACAAUGAGUCUUGGUGAACCAGGACAACUGGGACCAUAAAUGUACCCCACUCGAGGCCAUGCCCACUGCCCUGUUCCCUCCCAAGGCAGCUACUAUUUCCUGUCACCUAGGCUUCUUCAGAGUUUCCUCUGAGUGGAAUGGAGUAGCAUACGUGGGGACCUACAUGUUCCAUUGGUACCCGUGGAGAAUUUGUUUCAGGGUUCCCUGUACUGAAAUCUGUGGAUACUCCAGUCCUUUACACAAUUGACAAACUCCUGUGCAGAACCUGCACGCAUCCUCCUGGAGGCUGCAGUCAUCUCUAGAUUAGUUAACAAUUUGAGGUCACAGAAAUUGUCUUGGGAAUGAUGACAACAGUUUCCGUAUGGUUCAGUACAGACAUAAACUAUUUGGGUUUUGUUUUCAUUUUGGAAUCAGGGUGUUGUUUCGUAACCAAGUUGGCCCUAGAUAUGUGAUCUUCUUCCCUCAGCUUUUCAAAUGCUGGGGUUACAGGCAUGUGCUUGGCUCCAGACACAACUUUUUAAAAAUAUGUUUCUUUGCUGGCCACUCCUGGCUCUGCGAUCCAGUGAUCUUGCUGCACGCUGACACAGACCAAUCCGGUCAGAGGGUUGCUUGGAGCACCUCUGACUGUUCCAGUGUGACAGCAACUCUGCCGUGAAGAAGGUGGCCUUUGCAGUUCCGGUUGGAGGCUUCCUAGGCAGCCGCAGGCUUGAAACAGCCCUGUCUUCAGAAUACUCAGUGUGACACUCUGCUGACUGGCAUAUCCAAGUACAAGUCCCCCAGACCCCAGGAAGGCUGCUCAUUUUCGUAGGCACAUCUUCCAAAGGUUUCUCAAGUCACUUCAUGGACUGGUUACUGAAUAGUCAAGAGAAGUAACUUCUAGGUUUAUGACAGCUUCCCUGUAAUGUAUGCGGCACAAAACACAAUCUUCUGUCUUUAUAGCCCCUCUGAAUUUUCAUGGAUUUCCGAUCCAUUUAACUAUCAAGAUUUAAUUAUUUUAAAUACAGUGGCUAUAUCAUACAAAACAAUGUAGCAUUAAACAUGGCUCUGCUGAAGUUGAUUAGAUCCAUAAAUGCAAAACUCAUAGAAUCUGAGGGCCGACCAGGUUCAUUGUGUCUGAUUCGUUCAUUCAACGUGGUUUUAAAGUUUGUUCUCGCCACUGAGUGUGUCAGUUAUCCACUCGUUUUUAUUACUGAGUAAUAUUACAUUAUGGACAUCAUAAUUUAUCUGACUCCCUGGACUGUUCCCAGCACAGUCCAAACAUUCUUGUGGAAGUCUCAGUCAGAUGUUAAGUUUUUCUUUCUUUCCCUUGGGUUGGUUCCUGCUCCUAUAAUGGCUGGAUUCUGAGGUGUGUGUGUGUGUGUGUGUGUGUGUGUGUGUGUGUGUGUGUGUGUGCGCAUAGCUUUGUAUGAAAAUCACUAAGCCAAAUUCCACAGGGCUGUGCUGUUUUGUAAUUUUUCUCCCUGUGGAUGAUUAUUCUCUUUGCGCCUCGGGUCCAUCUUAUGCUGCCGCUGUAACAAAAACAUCAAAGUCGGAUCAAUUCAUCAUGAACAGAAGAUGUUUACUGGCUCGCAGUUUUGGAAGCUAGCCAGACCAAUGUCAAGGUGACGGCAUCUGGCAGGAGUCUCCUCUCAGUCUCCUCACGUGGAGAGAAGGAAGUGAGAUGAGGGAACAUGGGAAGAUGUGAGCCCUCGGUGAGAGAAGGAACCGUAGCUCCUGUGACCAUUGAGUCCGGUCAGUUCACAUCACGGCAUGAUCGGAUCUUAAGGGCCACGCAUCUCAAUAUCCUCCGACGGCAAUUGAAUUUCAAGAUGAGUUUGGAGGAGGCAAACUUUCAAACCCUGGUGUCCCUUUGAAGAAGAGUCCACUGGGUGACUUUGGUUUCAGAACCUGUCGGCUGGAGUCGCUGCUGCUCUCCAAACACUGACGGGUAUUCGCUGAGCGCUCACUAGACGACCGGCUCUGUCUCACCAACCUAGUAAUGUCUUCCCAUUUGAAUGGGCUUGAAGACAGGCAGUUUGGCUCAGUAGUUUCACCACAGAGCUGUACCCCAACCCCUAUGCAAAUUCUGUGUAUAAAGAUAACUAGCCCCGUAGCUAUUAACCACCAACUGUUUUUAUGUAUAAUAAAUAUAUUGACAUGUAAUAUACAACACAUAUAUAUUUUGCACAAGGACCUGAGUUUGAAUCCUCAGAACUCGAAUGAAGGCAGAUGCUGUCUCUAGUGUUCUAUAAUCCCAGUGCUCCCAUGGAGAGACGGGAAGCAAAGACAGAAGAAUCCCUAGAAGCUCACCCACCAGCUGGCCCACGCAUCAGGAGCAAGGAACCAAGAGACCCUGUCUUAAAGGAGGUGGAAGGUGAGGACCACCCUCCAAGGUUGUUCUGGGACACAAGCGCCAUGGCAGGCACAUACGCAUGUUCAUAUACAUGAAUGAGUACACACAGACACAGAGACAGACACAGACAGACACACAGACAGACAGACAGGCAGGCAGACACCACACACACACACACACACACACACACACACACACACACACACACACACACACACAAACCCUCAGAAGCUGAGGCUGGAGGAUCAUGAGUUCAAGACCAGCCUGGGCUACAUGGUGAGUCUCUGCAUUCAAAACAAAACCCUGAGGCUUUUGCAAUCUCUUUGGCAUUUCUGUUAUCACUGUCCCACAGCUGUUGCCCCUCGGAAUUGCAGGGCCAGGAAGAGCAGGGUCACAUUGCACCUAUCUUUCUAUCCUUGGCAAUUUAAUGAGCUAACCCCAGAGUUUCUGAAACACACUAUAAGCAGAAUCCGGCCUCCGGGGAGGGGUAUUUUACAGGGAGAUAAAAUCCAAGGCAGAAACAAAUUGGAUGUGCUUUUUUUUCUUGGGCUGGGGAAGGGUAAAGUCAAGAAUGCAGAUUCUCUCCCCACUCCACACAUACACACUACUGAGGCUCAAACCCAGACCCUCAUAUAUGUCUGACAAGCAUAUUACCAUCAAGCAGCAUCCCGAGCCCAUCCCUUUCCUGGGUAGUAAGUACUUCGUGGAAACGGACGAGCUAUCUUAGGGACUCUAAGGUUUGUCCCUGAAGGCAGGGGAAAGCACUUUGUAGGCACACUUUAUUUGCCAAUGAGGUCUGUAUCUCUCACCUGGCUGCCUCCCCAAGGCCUCUGGCUUGUCUUAUCUAAUAUUCUACGACUGGCGGUUUCUGGCCAGCAAGCCUACCAUACCAUAAUCUGUUAUGUUUGCCCUUCCAGAAGAAGUAGGAAAGGCUUCAUAAUUUGUGGGGGCCAGAGAAAAAAAACUGAAAAUAUUAGUCUUAUGAAGAAGUCUUAGAGAAAAGGUAGGGCUGGAGUUUAAAUCACUUUUUCAAAAUCAUGAAGACUAGAGUUCAGCUCCCAGCAGCCACACAACAAACUGAGCGUCCCUUGCAAAUGUCUUUCAGUAGAGGGGAGACAGGAUUGCUGGUGCAUGCAGCUUGUGGGCUAACAAGAGCCCAGGGGGCGGGGAUGGAGGGAGAGAGAGAGAGAGAGAGAGAGAGAGAGAGAGAGAGAGAGAGAGAGAGAGAGAGAAACAAUUUUAAGGGAGAAACAACACGGUAUCAAAUCAAAUGUGAAGAUGACUGUGGCAGAUAUCACGUGCCCUUGGGGCCAGUCUUUAUGCAAAGGGACAGAAGCCUUCUUGCUGCUCUCUGAUUAGUUUCUGAAACUCUGCCUGCUUCUGGCUCCAGAUGCAGGCAUUUAUGCUGUAACACCACACCCAGCCUCAGUGGUCCUCAACACACAACCUGAGAGGGAAAGCAUCUGGUGUUCUGUGGCGUGUUUCUGGUGGACCACUGGCAAAUGCCCAGCUGUGGUGAGGUGAAGUGUGUCCUCCAGAGAGACGCUGAAGUCUCAGUCCCAGAACAUGAUGGCAUUUAGUCUUUUUUUUGCUAAAGAUAAUAAAGAUGGUGUCUUUAGCCACUACAAUACAAAUGAUACCCUUAUCAAGGGGGAGGGGUGUUGGACAGAGAUAUACAUAGAGAUCAUGCAGAUACACUCACACACGUGUCUGAGCAUGCACACACAUGCACACCCGGAGAAUGUCAUGUGAUCAGAAAGUAUUGGAACAAUUCUCAGCAAAGAUGUGCCAAGGACAGUUAGCAAACCUGCACAAGUUAGGAGAGUGGUACAGAUAGAUUCUCCCCCCCAAAAGGAAGCAAGGCUGACCUACACGCUGGUCUCGGACUUCCAGCUUCUACAGCUUCGAAAUACAUUUCUGUUGCUUGAGCCCCCGGUUUAUGACACUUUCUCAUGGUUGUGUUUCUCACAUAACCAUCUCCAAACAGGCUCCUCCUAUUACCCCCUCUGACCUCUAUAAGCUCCUGACAUGGCUGAAAACCCGGGCAUCCCAACAGGAUCUGGACAAAGAUGGGUCAGAGCAAUGCCAGUUUUGUUUUUCAAGCUCAGAGGAAACACUGGAGCACCAACAACAUUUGAGGCCUCUGGUCAGGUUUCCGGUUAUCUGAGACCAUAGCUGUGCUUGUCUCAACCCCGGUUUAAAAGCAGAUGUUGUUAGUUCAUAAAUGAUGACCCUUUCCAGUGUCUCCUAAAGGGCUUGUCAACCAAGAGGCACUUAGUGCCAUUCAUAAUAAGGGGCAUGUCCCACACUUGAUGCAUCAUUAAAGACCAGAGCUGCAGGCAAAUUGGAAAGUGGCCGAAUCCUUCGUCCUCUUAGCUCAGAGCAAAACAGCCCUGGUUUCUCUUCGCUUCUAAGGUAUCACCUCAGCCUGGCUGGUUCAUAAGGCUUCCCUGGAUGCUAGGCAGCGGAGCCACCCGGGAAAAUGCAAGCGGACAGACGUACGGUCAGGCGCAUGGGGUCAGAAAGGGCGGAGGGCCGCUUUGUGAGGGAACAAUUUGCAGAGCCUGCUGAUCUGGGAGUCAGGCGAGCCGCCGGGCUCAGGCACCGCACGCACCCCGCGCUAGGGAGCCUGAACCCAACCAGCGCCCCAGAGGGCACCCUGACAUGGCCGCCGAAGACCGGCUCCCGCGCCGCUGUCGGGACUCAGGAUGACGCAACCACGGCGGGUUGCAUCAGCCCGCACCCUCGCGCUUAGCCCGCCCCUCCGCCGCCUUUCCCCGGGCGCUGAUUGGGCCACGUUGGGCACUGACCUCUGUCUCAGCCAAUGGACGGCAGCCACAGAGAGCGCUAUCUGCGGAAUCCUGGCACGGGGCGCCCAUAAAAGGUACCCGAGACGGGGGCGCGUGUCCCAAAGACACCAAGUGUCGUUGUGGGGUCGCAGACGGCUGCGUCGCCGCCCGUUCGGCAUCCCUGAGCGCAGUCGAGCCUCCAGCGCCGCAGACAUGGAGCCCGAGCCACAGCCCGAGCCGGUCACGCUGCUGGUGAAGAGCCCCAAUCAGCGCCACCGCGACUUGGAGCUGAGUGGCGACCGCGGUUGGAGUGUGAGUCGCCUCAAGGCCCACCUGAGCCGAGUCUACCCCGAACGCCCGCGCCCAGAGGACCAGAGGUUAAUUUAUUCUGGGAAGCUGCUGUUGGAUCACCAAUGUCUCCAAGACUUGCUUCCAAAGGAAAAGCGACAUGUUUUGCACCUCGUGUGCAAUGUGAGGAGUCCCUCAAAAAAGCCAGAAGCCAGCACAAAGGGUGCUGAGUCCACAGAGCAGCCGGACAACACUAGUCAGGCACAGUAUCCUGGGGAUUCCUCAAGCGAUGGCUUACGGGAAAGGGAAGUCCUUCGGAACCUUCCUCCCUCUGGAUGGGAGAACGUCUCUAGGCCUGAAGCCGUCCAGCAGACUUUCCAAGGCCUCGGGCCCGGCUUCUCUGGCUACACCACCUACGGGUGGCUGCAGCUCUCCUGGUUCCAGCAGAUCUAUGCAAGACAGUACUACAUGCAAUACUUGGCUGCCACUGCUGCUUCAGGAGCUUUUGGCCCUACACCAAGUGCACAAGAAAUACCUGUGGUCUCUACACCGGCUCCCGCCCCUAUACACAACCAGUUUCCGGCAGAAAACCAGCCGGCCAAUCAGAAUGCAGCCGCUCAAGCGGUUGUUAAUCCCGGAGCCAAUCAGAACUUGCGGAUGAAUGCACAAGGCGGCCCUCUGGUGGAAGAAGAUGAUGAGAUAAACCGAGACUGGUUGGAUUGGACCUACUCAGCAGCGACAUUUUCCGUUUUCCUCAGCAUUCUUUACUUCUACUCCUCCCUGAGCAGAUUCCUCAUGGUCAUGGGCGCCACCGUAGUCAUGUACCUGCACCACGUCGGGUGGUUUCCAUUCAGACAGAGGCCAGUUCAGAACUUCCCAGAUGACGGUCCCCCUCAGGAAGCUGCCAACCAGGACCCCAACAAUAACCUCCAGGGAGGUUUGGACCCUGAAAUGGAAGACCCCAACCGCCUCCCCGUAGGCCGUGAAGUGCUGGACCCUGAGCAUACCAGCCCCUCGUUCAUGAGCACAGCAUGGCUAGUCUUCAAGACUUUCUUUGCCUCUCUUCUUCCGGAAGGCCCACCAGCCCUAGCAAACUGAUGGCCCCUGUGCUCUGUUGCUGGAGGCUUUCACAGCUUGGACUGGAUCGUCCCCUGGCGUGGACUCGAGAGAGUCAUUGAAAACCCACAGGAUGACGAUGUGCUUCUGUGCCAAGCAAAAGCACAAACUAAGACAUGAAGCCGUGGUACAAACUGAACAGGGCCCCUCAUGUCGUUAUUCUGAAGAGCUUUAAUGUAUACUGUAUGUAGUCUCAUAGGCACUGUAAACAGAAGGCCCAGGGUCGCAUGUUCUGCCUGAGCACCUCCCCAGACGUGUGUGCAUGUGUGCCGUACAUGGAAGUCAUAGACGUGUGUGCAUGUGUGCUCUACAUGGAAGUCAUAGAUGCAGAAACGGUUCUGCUGGUUCGAUUUGAUUCCUGUUGGAAUGUUGCAAUUACACUAAGUGUACUACUUUAUAUAAUCAGUGACUUGCUAGACAUGUUAGCAGGACUUUUCUAGGAGAGACUUAUUGUAUCAUUGCUUUUUAAAACGCAGUGCUUACUUACUGAGGGCGGCGACUUGGCACAGGUAAAGCCUUUGCCGGGUUUUCUGUUCAAUAAAGUUUUGCUAUGAACGAC